AUGCCCAGUAAGACCCACAAUCAGUGCCAGACCGACGACGACUGGCAGGAAUACCAGUCACCACGCAGAGCGGCGGCAAGGGCCAUUGCACCCAGCGAGGAUUGGGCGAAAAUCGACGAGGUCACCAAGAGACCGUUGUCACCGACAGUUUUCAGCAAGAAGUGCUCGCCAAGCAACUUCAACCACUUCAAGUUAGUCAGCAGUAAAUACAAUAGUGACCCCAACUCUAUCACGAAUACCGAUAUUAUAAUCCUUUGCAUCCAAGGCCACGACGGAUCAUUGCCCGGUUGUAUGCACAACGACAACAAAUACGUCACCUACCGCAAUAAAUUCUGCAACGCACUGGGAUUCGCAAAGAUGCCAGAGAACACCGGCACCAACGUGAGCGGCACCGACGGCAACAGCACCACCCCCAAGGCAAAAUCGGCCAAGAAGGUACACUUUGCCAAGUCUGGAGGCAACGCAGGCCGCUCAUCGAGCAGCGCCUCCUCGUCGAACAACGCUCCGCCUUCGAGCAACGCUCCACCUUCGACCAACGCCUUCUCGUCGAACAACGCUCAAGCUUCGAGCAAAGCCCCCGGCAUCAUGGGCCCGCCUUCGCAACCCAAGCAAACUGGCAACACUGCAUCGAGCGACCAGGCGGGCAAUGACGCAUCUGGCAACACUGACCAGACUGGCAACACCGACCAUACUAGCAAUACUACCCCGACUGGCAACACCAACGAGAUUGGCAACACUAACCAGACUGGCAAUACCGACCAGACUGGCAACACCGACCAGACUGGCAAUACCGACCAGACUGGCAGCACUAUGUCGAGCAACCAAGCGGGCGGCAACACGUCGAGCAUAUACGCCUGCAACGAUUUGGGCAUCGACAACAUCGACGACCUGCUGAACAACGACAGCCCUGCAAGCAGCCCGCGCGCACCUGAUGGGGAGGUACCAAACAUGCGCGGCAAGGAAGUUGCACCGACUGUGGCCAUCAGUAGCCAGCCCCAGGCAACUGGCAGCAAGAAGGGAACGACGAGCUUCAGUUUGGGCGCACGACUGGCAUUCCAGCACAUGGGCGACAUCGAUCUGUUGCAGGAAAACAUCAAGAUCCUCCACGACAAUAACAUAGCAACGGACCGUGGCGCAAAGGCCUCUUACAAGGCACUCAAAACUCAGCUUGACAGACUGACAGCCAACCACGAAGAGGUGGUGCGAUGGGUGAAGGACAACAAUAGCCGCAUGCACAACGUACUCAAGGCACAGGCCGAUGUAAUCGAACGCCAACAGGAAGCAUUGUCGGCACAGAAAGACGCAAUCGACAAAUUCCGCUUCGAUGGCAUUGCAGUACCUGACGUGUCGCAAGGCUCUCAGAGCCGCCACAACAUGGUAAUGCAGGCAGUAAACGCAUGGAGGUCCUCAUCACGCAGUCCAUUGCGACGAAUCCCUGUGUCCUACGGACCGGCAACAGAGCAAUACGCCAAGACUAAAGACAAGGGGCACUUUCAGGCGGCACAGCAGGAGUUCGUCAACACCGCCAAACGCAAAUUGCAGGAAGGUUUUGAGUCACCAGAUCCGAAACGUGUUGCCACCGAGACAACGGACACGACCAAGGAGUGA